GGCAUCCAAACAGAUCGCAAUUAUAUCUGAAACGCGAAUAGCCCCUCUGCUUCGUUAAACCCCCCUCCCAAAAACUCUAACCACCAUAGCUACCAAGAUGUCUCUGCUUCAAGCACAGACGCCUUCGCAUAUGAUGACCACUCUCUGCCCCACCUUCUCUUCUCACGCUUCACCACCAUCCAAUAUCUCUUCUGUUUACGUGUCUAUGAAAACCCACCAAGAGAAUUCACUUUUCUCUACUUCUAGGAACGGACCCAUUUCACUCUCACCGCUUCCAAGAAGGUUGCUUUGUAGACCACCUAAGGGGAAGUAUAUCAGAGACGACUAUCUUGUGAAAAAGUUGUCAGCUCAGGAGAUUCAGGAUUUGGUAAGGGGGGAGAGAACUGUACCCAUUCUUAUUGAUUUCUAUGCAACAUGGUGUGGACCCUGCAUCUUGAUGGCCCAAGAGCUAGAAAUGCUUGCUGUGGAGUAUGAGAAAAAUGUAAUUAUAGUCAAGGUUGAUACAGAUGACGAGUAUGAAUUUGCACGUGACAUGCAGGUUCGAGGAUUGCCAACAUUGUUCUUCAUCAGUCCAGAUCCAAACAAAGAUGCAAUCCGGACUGAGGGGCUUAUCCCAAUACAGAUGAUGCGUGAUAUUAUUAACAAAGAGAUGUGAUAGUGCUGAAAGAAAAGAGAAUCACUGAAGAGGCUGAACGUCUUCAUCAUUUUUGUCAAGUGAUUCACCACGCUCCCCCGGUCAAGGUGGUUGUAUCCUUUAAUAAUAUCAUGUAGACUGUAUUCAAAUUGAAUUUUUUUGCCAUAGAAGUUCGAAUUAGGACCGUAUUUAUGUAGUUGCAGAACGAAAAUGGAUCGUAACUCUCUAAUAUCUAAUUCAGUGACUUUUUAUUUGAA